AUGUUUUGUUUCUUUCCAGGUACAGUUUACUUUAAUGCAGCGCAUGGGUGCUUAAAGUGUACCUGUGUAGGGGUACACCUCAACUCGGAGCACAAAAUGAUUUUUGAAUCCGUGGACGCCGAACUGCGUACGGACGUCGGCUUUAAACAACGAGUAGACAAAGACCACCACAAACCAUGGCGAUCACCAUUAGAAAAGCUCAAAAAUUUUAAUAUGAUCGACGGUGUUCCCUACGAAGGUCUCCAUCAGUUUGAUCGCGGGGUGACCCUAAAGCUUGUUCUAGGGUUAUACGAGGGAAUUUUUGAAAAUUUUGAAAAGUGGUCACCCCGACAAAAGGAAGCCGUGAAUACUUUUUUGAUAAAGACACGGCUUCCUUCGGAAGUGAAUCGCCCUAUGCGAUCCUUCCGCUAUCGCCAUUUUUGGAAGGCCACCGAAUUUCGGUCCUUCCUUCUUCAUAUUAGUAUUGCGGUCUUGAAGGAUUUUAUGUCUUUUGAUGCAUUCAAUCACUUCUUGUGCUACUUUUGCAGUGUGACGAUUUUUAAUUCAACGGCACACAAGCAUCUUUGGCCUCUUGCGGAAAAGUUCUUAUACUACUUUGUAAAGAACUUUCCGCAGUAUUAUGGUCGAGCCCAUAUGACCAGCAACGUCCACAAUCUCCUGCACGUGUCAGGAGACGUUUACAUGUUUGGAGCGGUUCCUGAAUAUUCCGCAUAUCGUUAUGAGAAUUAUCUUCAAAUUGUACGCCGAUAUGUGAGAUCGGGCACGCAUGUAGUAACACAGGUAGCCGGCCGUAUGCAAGAAAUUGCAUCAGUGCAAGUGGCUACCAAUCGUGUUACUCAAACAUACCCCCGAUUGAAGGGCAAUGGUGCCGGUAUACACGUAACCGCCGAUUUUGUCCUACUGCCAAACUUUAAGGAUCAAUGGUUUUUAACCACCGAAAAUGGCAUUAUAAAAUUUUUAGAAGCGAAGAGGAUUUCUUCGCUGUUGUACACCGUAAUUGGAAUCCAGUAUGAAACCUGGACGGAGCAGUUUAGUGCGUCGGUAGACGGUGAACAGUUAUCGUCUACCGACCUACAUAUCUAUAAGAUAGAUGAAAAUGGUCCGUCCAGGUCGGUGGAAAUACCACAUUAUGCGAUCAAGUGCAAAUUUGUUGCACUUCGCCUACCCUCUACUUCCUUCAAACAUCCUGAUCCGCAACUAUCUUCCAGUCUAAUCUCCUUAACUCCCCUUCUCCAUACUUUUCAAUAAACUAACUAUAUCAACUAACAUAU